AUACUGGGGCCGGUGCUGCGCCCACGGGCGCGCCGGGGACAUCGGCGGAGCACUGGCCCCCGGGAGGGGGUGCGUUCCCCGCUGGUGCCUCCCCUCCCUGCCCCCGGGAACGAGGAAGCGGCUCCGGUCACCUUCAACCGUCCACUCGGCUGCGUAGUUCCCCGCUGGCGCCAUCCCCGAGUGCAGGGACCUGUCCCCACGCGGGGGAGUGGGGGUGCUGGCUCUGGACAUGGCUGGGCAGAGAGGAGGGCUGCCCCUGCUGCUGAGCCUGGCCGCGCUGGGCGUCACGCUGGCACCCACAGAGACCAUGGCACUGUUGCCUACCACCAACUCCACCACCGCAGCCAGCCUCCCGCCCUCCAGCCCCGAAACCUUCACAGCCAGCACUGCAACCCCUCGGGGCAGCAGCCCAGCAGCCUCCAGCAUCACCACACCUCAGGCAAGCGGCACCACAGCCCACAGCACUCCUGGGUCACCUCCCAGCACCACGAUGCAGCCUGACCCCUCCCCAACAGAGCUGGGGCUUAUCACUGGCACCCCAAAUCCAACUCCCAUGGCCACGACACCCAACUGUGCUGAGACCAUCAUCACGUCUGUGGGGACCAGCACAGCCCUGGCCGUCAGCUCGUUUGGAGUCGAAACAAGCACGCUGCCUCCCCCCACCUCCCCUCUUCUCUCCGCCUGGGUGGGCGCCACGCUCGGCACCAGCACGCACCAAGGGCCAGCCGUGACCGUGCCACUUGGCAGCAUGUCCCCAGAGGCUGGCAGCGCCUCUUCUCCCACGGCACCAGCUCCGACACCCGCUUCGGAUGAGCCCUCUACAACCCCGUCAGACACCACGGCCACCCCCGUUACCAGCACAGGGGUCCCCGGGAGCACCCCUGCCCCCAGUCUGCCGGCCACGACUGCCUCUGGUACCUCUACCCCGACAGUGCCUGAGACCCCCGGUGCCGCCGCGGGGACCACCACCAUGGAUGUGGCAGCAACUCUGUCGCCGAUUCUCUCUACCUCCCCGACACCUGUGGAGACCUCAGCACUGCUGCCCACCACUGACUCCACCACCACAGCCACCCUUCCUCCCUCCAGCUCUGAAACAGGAGCCUCCACCCUGGAGAGAUCCAGCACAUCCCUGGCGACUGGCAGUGCCUCACCUCCCACGGCACCAGCACCGACAGCCGCUUCGUCCGAGCCCUUGACCACCCUGGCAGACACCACAGCCACCCCUGUUAUCAGCACGGGGGGCCCCAGGAGCACCCCUACUCCCAGCCAGUCAUCUGAGACCACAUCCAGGACCACCUCUGACACCUCUAUCCCGACCAUGGGGCCAACCUCAGGAACCCCAACAGUAUCUGGGAUCCCCAGUACAUCCAUGGGCAUGGAACCCUCUUCCCCUGCCAUCGACUCAACCCAGACCCCAGAGGUUACCCUCAGGACCCCUGCAGACCUGCCAACAACGCUGCCCAUCUGCCCCACCACCACAUCCAACACCAGUGCGUCUCACCUCUUCCUGUCACUGCGGCUAACCUUCCCCCUGGACCUGGGGAACACCACGGUGCAGGAGCUGCUGUUGUCCAAGCUCCGCAGGGACCUGCAGACGGCGUUCCCCUGUGCCGGCCUGGCGGUGGGGUGGCGAGGGCAGAGGAAGACCUGACCACUUCUCCUCGCCUGGCCAGCACCCGUAGGGACUGGCAAACCUGCUCCCAGCUCCUUACUCUGUGGCGGUGCAGCCCUUUGGGGUAACCUGUACAGCUCCCAUUGAACCUGGGACCCCCCUGUCCUUCAAUGCGAACCCCCAAAGGACCCUCAGUGCUCCCCAUGGACUGGGGUGCCCCUUCCCCUUCCCACAACCUGUCUCUAUAGCCUAAGCCCUCCCACGAUCCUGCACUAAACCUGGCUCCCACACUGGCACCCCCCCAGUGCUGUUGAUGGUCUGAGGGGAGGGGACCCUGCAGGGACUGGGUCACAAAAGCCACCCUGGGGACUGAUGGAUGAAAGAAAGGAGACUUGAAGCCCCCAACGCUGCUGUGCCCAGGGCAAUCAGGGUCUCCGUGCUGGUUUGCAACCCGGGGAGGCUGCAGUGCCUGAGGUCUUCAAGAGAUGCUCCAUGGCUGCUUCACAUCCAGAGUGGGCCAAGAUGGAUCCUGGGGUGGCUCUGGGAAGGAGACAGGAGAGGAAAAGAGCCCCCUCUCCCACCUGAGCCACCUCCUGGGCCGAGCUCCUGAGCCCUGCAGCGCAGAGGGCGAGUGAAGCCAGAGCUCAGCACACGGGCUCUCCCCAGCUCUCCUGCGGUACUGCUGAUGGAGGAGCACGUGUGUGCCAGGACGGGCUGGGCAGUAAAGGGAAAUCCCCCAUUUUCAGCAGCAAA